AUGUCCACCGUUCUUCCCCACGACGAUGCCCCGAUCCCCGGCCAGCGCUUUGCGUGCAUCUCGAUGGUAUCUCCGCUGAACCCCCGAAACAAGUGCAGCAUCCAAGCGUUCAAGCUGCGGGGAGUGACCGAUACCCUGGACGAUGCAAAGUCGCUGGCCCACGCCAUUCGCAACACGGACCCUUCCUUCGACGUCUUUGUGAUGCCGGUGGGCCGCUGGGUCCCGUGGGUGGACAAUCCGCUCGAAGUCCCCGACGUCAACUAUGUGCAGUCGCAGCUGACCGAGCUGAUCAACGAGCACAAGAAGCAUGUGAAGGAGUCGACCAAGGCCUUCAACGAGCACAUCGAAGCGCUCAAGUCCACGACGGGGCCGAUCCCAGUCCCUCCCGAGAAGGAGACGGUGUCUCUGUGGUUCGACAUCAAGCGUCUGGCCUCUGUGCUGGAGUAUCGCCAGCGCGAGCUGGAAGGCAUGAUCGAGCGGUACAAUGAGAUGCCGGAUGAGGAUCGCAAGCACGCCGAGUCACUGCCACUCCCCGCAUUCGAGAUCGCACCAUUCAAGCCCCCUGCCUUUGAAGCUCCGCCUGAAGACAACGGGGCACACGACCAGGUGAUCGACGGGAAGGGGAAAGGCAAGGCCACCGUCCACGCCAACUAG